GGUACUUACAAAGUUUGCAUUUAUGUCGGUCGUCGUAUGAAUUGUGUUUGCGUUCGAACAGGGUUGCGCCUGAGUUAGUGAGUCAGUGUCGCAUAAACUUUCGUACUUGCGGACGCGUACGCGCCGGCUGGUCUGGUUGAUUGUCAAGUUGACGACAAACGCAUAUCAACCGCAUCUAAGACACUCGCGGAAAUCCAUUACGCCUUACCUAUACCAGUGAAUAAAGUGAACAUUUAUAGUAAAGUGUCCAAACCGAUCUUCAGGUUCAUAAAAGAUUUUUUCUUUGGAUAAAUUCGAGAGCUACUUCGUGUUUUCCAUGAAUUACGAAACUCAACAAAUGAUUUUGAUUGAGGGUGGCUGGGUGAUAAGAAAUUUUCCUACAUAGACAUCGAAGCUUUUCCGAAAUUGGAAUAAUACCUGAAUAACGUACAAAGAAUACGUAAGCUUCGCCAAGAUGCAUUUCAUACGCUCCUUUUUUAAGCGUAUAUUAAAUGAUCUCAAACUAAAAAAACUUAUUCCGCUGAAAUUAUUGUUUUUCGUUCAUGCCUCCACAUUGUUCGUGUUAUACCCUUACCUGACGAUCCACAUGCGCGAGCUGGGCAUCAAUGUGGAGGAGACGGCGAUCAUGUCAGCGGUAACUCCCGUCGUGUCCAUAGUCAUGCCGCCGUUGGCCGGCAUGCUGGCUGACAAGAUCGGCAACUUUAGGUUACUGCUGGCACUGUCGUCCACCCUGGGUGGCGUGUCAGCUCUACUGCUGCUGGCUGUUCCAGUGGGCCGGCUCACCAUCACCUUCCCGCCGGCCGUGGAGCUGCUCACCACCUGCCGGGAUGGUUUGCAACUCCAGCACAUGAACGAUUACCCCUGCGAGCCACUGCACCCGUACCCUUACGAUGUCAACUUGACAAUAGUAUCAUGCGGAUUCGUCUGCGAAUUGCCUGAAGGUCUACCAAUGGAAGAAGUUAAUAUGAUUAUGCAUUCGCUCUCAUAUGACAUACAAAUACGGUCAUCGUCUGAUACGCAUCGUCUAGUGUAUCGACAUACCGUUUCUGGCUUGUUACAUCAUACCAUGGCACCGAAGAAAGACCAGAGUACUACUCGCAUAAUGACCAACGAUGUAUAUUUCAAUACUUCCAUCGCGAAAAUAUCCGAUCAAGAGGUUUUCUUCCCGGCACCACGGCUGUAUCAGAUGGCGUGUACUCACAAUUCCUCUGAAGCUAUGUGUAUAUUGGGAGGAGAACAAAUUUUUGAUGAUAUUUCUGAAAGUAAAACUGAGGAAUCUUACAAAGUUCGAGUGGCCAAUGAAGAGAAAAAACGAUUACUUAACAUAGUUGGCUUGUACGCUGGGAAUUCGACAGAAGUAGAAGAAAACUAUCAGUGCAAAGAUUACUUUAACGUCUUCGAAGGGGAAAGCGUCAAAGUGCACGUGACUUCAAUGCAGCUGUCACGUUGUUCAGCCGCAUGCGCGGGGACCGUGCCUCGGAAGACUUUAUGUGAAAACAAAGUACAGCAUGUCGAGGUGGACCCAGCUUUCACUUUUUGGGCUUAUCUGGCCGUGCGAGUGUUUAUCGGUAUAAUAGGUGGCACGGCGUUUGCCAUGUUCGAGGGAGCGGUGAUAGCCAUCGUGCGCGAGCAGCGUGCCGACUACGGGCUGCAGCGCGUCUACGGCAGCAUCGGGGGCAUGAUAUCCUCACCUCUCUCAGGGCUGCUGAUCGAUUACGUCAGUCGCGGCAAAGGAUACACCGACUUUAGGCCCGCAUUUUAUUUGUAUGCGGUGCUGAAAGUGGCAUCUGGUGUCCUUAUGCUGAGUAUAGACCUGGAGUUCAAGCAGCCGGCGCAGAACCUUCUCGAAGAUGUUAUAUCGGUGUUCAGGAACAUCGAGAUCGUCGCGCUUUUCAUCGCCUGUUUUAUUAUGGGUACCGCGUGGGGGUACAUCGAAAGCUUCCUGUUCUGGCUGCUACAGGACCUGGGUGCAUCGCGGUCUUUGAUGGGCGUCACUAUAACAGUGGGCGGCGUGGCGGGCCUGCCGCUGCUUGUGCUCUCCGGGCCCAUCAUUAGACGACUGGGGCAUGCCAAUGUGCUAUUCAUAGGAUUCGUCUUCUAUGCCAUUAGGCUACUCGGUUACUCAUUGAUCUACAACCCGUGGCUGUGCCUUAUCUUCGAGGCGCUGGAGUCGGUGACGUCAUCGCUGUCGUUCACGGCCGCAGUGACGUACGCCGCGCGCCUCUCUUCCACCACUACGGACACCUCCGUGCAAGGCCUGCUGGGCGGACUGUACUACGGCGUCGGACGCGGUGCUGGCAGUUUAAUAGGAGGCUAUCUAAUGAAAUACUUUGGAACGCGACCUACCUAUCAAAUAUUUGCCGCAGCUACAUUGCUGACUGGUUUUAUCUACUUUUUAUUCAAUAAAUUUUACAUCGGCAAGCGAGCCGUCGGUGAUGAAAAUGACCUCUGUAAGAAGAAGCCAGUAGCUGAUAUAGAAGGCAGAGAACCAUGUAAUGUGGAGGCGGAAAAAGUAAACUCGAAUACAGAUGCUGUUAAACUUGAAGGCGACAAAUUGGAAAGCUGCGCUGCAGACGAUAAGACAAAAGCAACCGACUUGACUCAGAUAAUAAAAGUGACUACGGACAACAUAGAUGGCGGUAGCGAUUCUGGCGUCGACAACCCAGCCUUUAAUGAUACGGAGAGCACAAUCGAAUUGAAGAAGGAGGACAGUAAGGCUAACGGACAAUGUUGACGAUACUAUAAUUGUGACAGUUUAGAUCGAGUAGGUGUGUAAACAUACAAAUUAGAUGUAGGUAUUUUAAUAAUGACGAAUAGUUGUAAAUUAUGUGUAUAUAAAGAAAUCAUUAUAAUUUAUGUAUUAAAGAUAUUGAGAGUAAAUCGAAAUUUGAUUCUAUUGCAAGCUAAAUUAUAAGAAUAAAUCAAUCAGCGAUUUCAACACAUUUGCUCAAAAAAUGCAUUUAAGAAGGUAGUAUACAUUUGCGCUUUUAGUCUAUACCUAAGUAUGUUUCACUUUAAUACUUAAUAGAAAAAAGAGACGAAAAGGUAUAGUUCUAAUUUUCACCACCCGCACGUGACGCCAAAUGGAAAUGCGCGCAAUUUUCGUAUUAGAAAAAAAUUACAUACUGAAAUUAUGCAUAAUUUUUUCUCGCAAAUGUGUUGAAAAACGUUGUAUGACAUUCGUGCGGAUUGGUAUUACAAACUCGAUUCGUAUACUCGUUUAACCAA